UAGGACUAACAGGACCAGUAGGAUCUGUUAGACCACUUGCAUUAAUUAUGUGACUGCUUUUAUCCAUGUUCGUUUCAAUGGUCAAAAACUUGGGCCAGGAAUCUGUUCAAUUAGGUAGGUACUUAUUUUUCAAAAAUUAGAUAUUAAUUAGUUCGAUAACUCCCGAAAAUUUAAAUGAGAAUUUAAAGCGUUUAUUUCCGAUUAGGUACUCAAAAAAUGCAUUUCAAAAUCACGUUCAAAUUAUUAGAUGCCCAGAUAAAGAUUUGAUUACACAAACAUUCUUUUAAAUAAAUCUAUUUCAGUUUUCGUCUCGCAGAUCCACGAGUGGGAUUCUGAUCGGUAGGUAAGGUGCCCAAAUACAUAGGUUUUCAUGCCAUGUAAUUUUUCUCGCGUCCAAAAGUAAUUUUACCAUGCCAGUUGCAUAUCUUUUCGUUCUCGGCGUGUAAGAUUGAAGCAAACAUGAAUCCGUUUUACAUCAUUGGAAUGUUCUUUUUCGCCUCCCAUAGCAACGGUCAAACCGAACACUCGAACUCCACUUUAAUUGUGAAUACUGACAAUGAAAAUAUGAUUCAUUUCAAGACACACAUGCACGUUCACGAGAUCAAAUAUACUUGGGUUAUUGAAAAUUUCAACGCCCACAAGGCUCUCGUACACGAACUUUCAUCACCCAAGUUACCCGCACUCACAACUGAUAGGAUUGCAUGGGAUAUUCGACUUCACCCUUCCUAUUGGUGCUGGUAUCCUGUAAAACAUUGUGACAUUUUGAUCAAUAUAUUCAUAUCCAGUGAAAGUAUAGUUAAAGAAGCGGUAGCAGAAUACAAUGUUUCAAUCAUCAAUCAUAAAAAAGAGGUGUUACUUCAUAAACAUAUGAAAUUAAAAAAACGUUACCCUGCACUGACGGUGAGCGAGUUCGAGGACUAUGAGACCCUCUGCGAGAGAAAUUCUUUUUUUAAAAAUCACUUGCUGCAAAAUGAUACAUUAACGAUGGUAUUACACAUAAAAUCGUUUUUUGAACCGUCUAACAAUGUUUUCCAUCCACCCAAGAUCCCAUCGCCAAGUCCAAUACCCGACACUACCAUCAUGAAAAAUGAUCUUUCUGAAAACUUAGAAUCGAUGCUGGAAAAUCCGAAAUUCGCAGACGUCGUAUUCGUAACGAAUGGAAACACUUAUCCAGCUCAUAAAAUUAUUUUGGCAGAACGCAGUCCUGUCUUUGCAGCAAUGUUUCAACGCGACGAACGUACAAAAAAUGCAAGAAGUAAAAAACUUCGAGUAAAUUUCGGGCACAUGAACGAACAAGUACUACGUGCAAUGCUUCGUUAUAUUUACACAGGAAAAUGUGAAAAUUUGGCCAAACUAGCCGAUAAAUUACUCGCAGCUGCUAUAAAAUAUCGUUUGGACGGUUUGAGAAGAAUUUGCGAGCAAUCGCUUCGCCAGACUUCGCCAUCUGAGACAGCAGCAUAAAAAUUGGACUUGGCCGAGUAAUGUCACGAACUCACGGGAAAUCACGAAGACUUCGAGUGGACACUGGGCAAAGCCAUCAUUAAACGGAAAUUGAUGCUUAUAAUUAAUAAAAUAUAAGAUUCAACGAUAA